GCACCAUUUAAGGUGGGACGGAAACAGUCGAACAAGAAGCUGAAUUUAGCCUCGUGUAUUUCGUGGCCAUUUGAAGCUCACUGUGUUUACCGUUUCAGCAGAGCUCAAAUAGUUUAGGAGCACUUAGGAACGGUUCUAGAUUCACAUUGGGCAGUUCAGUUCUGUCAGUGAUGCAGUGUAGAUAUUUUUCUUGCUCGAUGUUGUUGGCCUGCUGUUUAUCUUUACCUGCCCAGGUGAGUUCUGACCCCUCAUGGCCCGGCCGCUCUUCGGUGGAGCUUUAUCAGCUACCGUCCCCCCCAACGCCACAGACAUCAGUGAGUUAAGGGAGAUUCCUGAUAAUCAGGAGGUUUUUGCUCACGCUCACACAGAUCAGAGUAUUAUUGUAGAGCUGAUGGAGUAUCAGGCUCAGGUGGAGGACGCUCAGGCCGCCAGGUAUCACUUUGAGGACCUUGCAGGCAGUAAUAAAGCGAGUGCUGAGGGAUUGUGGGAAGUUCGGGGGGUGGAGCCUAUUCCCCAGUCUCAGAUAAACCUGCAGGAGUGCAGCUCAGCCUGGCUGCUCAGCGGAGCUCAGCUCAUCUCCAAAUUCAACGAGGAGGCCAAGAACACUGUAAACAUUCACCUGUGCCUGUUCCGUCUGCCGCAGUACACUACAGACAUCCUGAUCACCUUCAACGACCCUGUAAACAUCAGUCCUCUCAGCAGUAGUGCAGUGGUCAGUGCGGAUGAAAGCUGGACGCUGCAGGACUUUCUCACUCUGCUGCAGUCCAUGCGGCUGCUGGAUCCCGGAGUUUUCACAUAGUUCACACAAAACUCAGAGUGAAAUUUAUUAAAUAUAUUAAAUAUUUUUCUGUUUAUGAAGUACAUUCUGUGAGUUAGUGUGAAAGGUUGAGCGGAUGGUUUAUGUUCCGUUAACUGAGAGGAUUUUUAUGUCUGUAUUUUGAUGUUUCCUGUUAUUACUUCCUCCACCGAUUCACUGUUUCAGUGAGUUUUAAUUUGUUAAAAACUAAAAAUUCCCCUGUGGAAAAUGUA